AUGAGCUACCCUCUGAAAUGCGAGCUUAUCGCCUCUGUCGAGGAAAAGGAAUGUUUGUGGAACCCACUUUGCGAAGCAUAUCAUAGCAGUGCGAGGCGUUCUCGGGCAUGGCAAACUGUCCACGAAGAGUUACGGAUGAAAGGAUAUGAUUGUAAUUUGCCGAUGCUUAAAAUGCACUGGAAAAAUCUACGUGACCAUUGGAGAAAAAGACAAAGUGGUUCCAUUUCCAUAUCUCAAAAACCUUGGAGUUUUACUGAGAAAUUGAAGUUUCUGUCGAUGGUAGAACGUGCCUAUGACGUCAAUUCGAAAGGAAAAUCAGCCAAAAAGUUUGACUGUUCAAACUCUUUUUCGGACUCUCCGGAUAUUACUAACGGUACCGUUCCACAGACAGAAUGUAUUCAGCAGAUACCUCCAGUGAUGAGGGAACAAACGAUCUGCUGUAACCAAGAACUCCCGAAUACAUGCGAUAAAUUCGAACGGUUUGGUGCCAUGGUUUCCAGCGUUUUGAAGGAUCUUCAUCCGGAUUUGGCAAACGACAAGAUGGCGUCUAUUUGUAUGAUUCUGUUUCACGAUGGUGUCAUUGUGACCCAGAAUAACAGUUAG